AUGGACUCGAAUAGAAUCCAAGUACGGCCAUCUGUUCAGAACGUCUCUCUGCGCAAUAGAACCGUGUCUGCUAAUAGCCCAGGCGAUAAGCCAUUCAACCCUGCCAGAAGGGCGUUUAGGCCGCGUCGAUCUGAGCCAUUGAGAAGCAGCCGCGAUAAGGAGAACACGCCGACGAAACAGGCCAACACCCCAACGAAGCAAGCAUAUACCCCAACAAAACAGGCAACUACGCCUAAUAAACCAAUAAGACAGCUCCCAGUGACGCCGACGCCGGUUGCAGCAUCAACAGUCCCUCCAUCCGCGCCUUCUCAAACUCCCCAUCAGACACCCACUCAGACGCCAAAGAAGACUACAGAUGAUAGCAGUACAACGCCAGUCUACUCUCCAGUCGCAGCCUCUGAGAGGACUACACGCUCACCAGUACAGCAAUCACCCAGCCAUCAACCCAGCCAUCAACCCAGCAGUCAGGAUGAAUUGAUGACAGAACACACGCUAGCACCUUUCAGCGUCGCUGAUUCUGGCUGGGAAUUGGAAACUGCUUCAAACGACUGCAACGCUUUAGACGAGGAUUUCCAGAACACUGUCAACUUGUUAUCUACCCAGCACUCCUCUACUAUCCUCAGCUACAAAAGACUCCUUGAAUCGUGUCAAAACAGCUCAGCUGCCCAGCUCUACGCACUCCAGGCUGAGGUUAAUGAACUCCACAAGACCACUCACGCGCUGCGAGUAGAGAAUAGAAAUAUGAAACUUGAUCGCGAUAACAUCCCGCAAUCCACACCACCCACUCACCUCUCCACUCUUCUCUAUCCCCAUUUCGACGAAAUAGCCGUUCAGAAGGCGCUGAGGCAGCUCAACCAGGGCGAGAGAUUGCGACUGAUGAGAGUGAUACUAGAGAACACACUCCCUCACGACAUUACGACCACCAUAGCCAUGCUCGAGAAGUAUGCUGCCAGUGCUUUCGAUUUGCUAGCCACACUUCCGACGGGUAUAUCCGUGCGUAUUCUCUCUCAUCUCAGCGUGAGCGAAGCAUUGGGAUGUCGGUUAGUAUCCAAACGCUGGAGCGACAUGGUGAGCAAGCCAGCGCUAUGGCGCGCGUUCUCGCUCCGCCUCACAGCCUCAGAUCCCGAUCCGCUCUCUCCGCCAGACAGGGAAGACGACUGGCAGCCACUGUACCGAGCACUGCACUUCCGCGAGCAAAAUUGGCGGCGAGGAGCAGCGCAAUCGAUCAAGUUAUUGCGCGGCCACACGGGGUACGUGACGUCGAUGCAGCUGAAGCAGGGUGUGCUAGUUACUGGGUCGUACGACCAGACGCUGCGUAUCUGGGACGUUGGAAGUGGAGAGUGUCGCACGGUUCUUCAAGCGAAAGCUAUCAGCUGUCUCGACUACCUCCCCAAACACAAGGUGCUAGCAGCAGGGUAUUUCGACGUCGGUCGUGUAGUCGUCUACUCCACCCUCACCAAUCAGCAGCUGCAGAUGCUGCAGGGGCACAACAAGGGCAUACGCGCGGUGGCAUGCAAUGACGAGUACCUCGUCUCCGCCGGCCAGGACAAGGCACUGGUAGUGUGGAAUUGGCGAACGGGGCAGCGCAUAGCCCGUUUCGGUCAGCAGACCAAUGUGUCUAUUGGAGUGCAGCUUAUUGACUCAGAUAAAUUCAUCGCCGUUACCGUCGAUUCGAUUGUGCGCUGCUUCAGCAUUACUAAGCGCGAGAUGACGUCGCAGUACAGACUCUCCUCGCUCCUUCCUGAGCUAAGCAGCAUCGGGAACAGCGACACUAGCUUGACGUGGUUCGGCGCGGACGGACUGAGCAUGACGUGUGCAACUAAGAACCACCUCAUUCAUCUCGAGUGGGAAGAGGGCGAGGAGGAGGUGAUACUUGGGGAGCCGAUCCAGACGCAGGUGCAGCACGUUCAGCAGACGCAGGCACAGACGCAGAUACAAACGCAAUCGCAACAGUCGCAGUUAGCCCCACACACACAUACAUCUGGCACACUCAAACCGCGUAGCUCGACUGUAUCUAUCGGUGCUUCCAACACUCCGAACGCCACAAACGGCAGAGGCCCACGCCGGUCGUUGGGCAUAGGUGGUGCUCAUGCUCAGUCACCCCUGCUCCCGCGCAAGAACAGCGCAGACGAGUCCAUAUCCGAUGCCAACAGCGUGCCUUCGAACCCCUCUCAUCCCAGUCUGGGAUCCACUGCAGCAAAUUCAUACUCCUACUCAAAUUUUCCCUCCCACUCCUCACCAACCUCCCCCACACCCCAAAUCAGACGCAGGAAAGCACCCAUACUGACAAACCCUCCUCGUGUAGUACAAAUCACGCACACACAGAAUAUGGCACCCGUAGGAGCGACCGAUGUGUCCAAACACCGUGUCGUCACUUCUACACGCUUCUCUUCCCGUUCGGGUGCAGAUAGGAGGCUUUUCUGCUCUACUCUCGGUGAUACUGUUCCUAUCGAGGGCGUCUGGAAGGACUUGUCGCCGCGUUGUGAAGAUGUCGGUGUGGAGAUGGCUAAAGAUAGCCUUGCGAAUAGUAACAGAGGCCCGCUGUCUAUUUGUAUAGACCACCAGCAGGCUGUUUUUGGUUGCGCUGAUGGAACUGUUUAUAGUUUGUCAUUCGUUGGCGAGAAUUAUACAAGUCAUACUUCUAGCCCACCAUCCUAA